CUGAAAGUACUUCUCAUUCACAGGUUUCCUCUUACGAGACCUGAUCUUUGCAAGAAAUGGGAAGCUGCCGUUAAAAGGAAAAACUUCAAGCCUACCAAGUAUAGCAGCAUUUGUUCGGAACACUUUACUCCUGAUUGCUUUAAAAGGGAAUGCAACAACAAGCUUCUGAAGGAAAAUGCUGUGCCCACAAUAUUUUGUUACACUGAACCCAGUGAAAAGCCUGAAGAUUUUGCAGAACAGCCAGAAGAUCCACUACCACCACCUCCACCACCGCCACCACCACCGCCGCCGCCACCACCACCAGCAGCUCCGGUACUACCGCCAUGUCCAUCAACUCCUUCUUUUCAUUUGUCUCAGAUAGAUGCCAGAUUUGUAGAUCCAAGUAUUGGAUUAUUGAUGCCUCCUCUCCAGACCCCUAGCAAUCUUGCUGUUUUUUGUGACCACAACUAUACCGUAGAAGAUACAGUUCAUCAGCGAAAAAGGAUUCAGCAGCUGGAGGAACAAGUUGAAAAACUGCGGAAGAAGCUCAAGACAGCGCAACAGCGAUGCCGGCGUCAGGAAAGACAAAUUGAAAAACUGAGAGAGAUCGUUCAGUUUCAGAAAGAAAAAGACAUAUUGUCAGGAAAAGGCUAUGUGAUUCUGCCCAAUGACUAUUUUGAAGUUGUAGAAGUACCUGCCUAGAAGUUAUGAACA